CGCUUUAAGUUUCCCUUUCCAGAUCGGAACAUACGUGGAAAAGUUCUUUGCUUCCGAACUAUCGGGUAAUGUUAUUGAUCUCUGUCCGGUUGGUGCUCUUUUGAACAAACCUUACAGCUUUACUGCUCGACCUUGGGAAACACGAAAAACUGAAAGUGUUGACGUAAUGGAUGCGAUUGGCUCAAAUAUAGUGGUUUCCCACAGAACAGGCGAACUGCUUCGCAUCAUACCGAAAAUGAACGACGAGGUAAAUGAGGAAUGGAUUAGUGACAAGGCUCGCUUUUCUUACGAUGGGAUGAAAACUCAGCGCCUCCUCUGCCCAAUGAUCAAAGAUCAGGAAGGUGUUUUGAGGCAAGCUUCAUGGGAAGAAACGCUAUUCACUGUUGCGCAGAAGUUCCGUGAAACACCAGCUGAACAGAAGGCUGCUAUUGUUGGAGGUUUGAAUGAUGUUGAAGCUAUGGUGGCAUUAAAGGAUUUAUUCAAUCGAUUUAAUUCGGAAAAUGUCUGCACUGAGGAUGAGUUCCCUGCUACUUCUGACUUGAGAUCUAACUACAUUAUGAACGAUUCAAUCAUGGGAAUAGAGAGUUGCGAUGCACUAUUGCUUGUGGGUACGAAUCCUCGCUACGAAGCCGCUGUACUCAACGCCAGGAUUAGAAAAGCUUAUUUGUACACGGAUAUCGAAAUUGGAGUCAUUGGUGGGCAUUCGGAUCUUACAUACGACUACGAACAUCUUGGAGAUAACGCCAAAGCACUUGAUGAUGUGAUGGCCGGCAAAUCGACAUUCGCGAAGCACUUCUUGGCUGCUAAGAACCCCAUGAUUAUUGUUGGUUCGGCUGCUCUGCAUGGCGAAAAGGGAGCUGCGGUUUUGGCUAAAGUCCAACAGCUGGCAGAUAAGGUGCGAUCGGGUAGCUCUUGUGACAAAUCUAGAAAGGUAGUGAACAUUCUGCAACAAUGGGCUGGACAAGUUGGAGCUUUAGAUAUAGGAUAUCAGGCUGGUACAGCUGCAAUUCGCAAAAAACCAAUCAAAUUCCUCUAUUUACUGGGAGCUGACGAGGGCAAAGUUACGAAGCAAAACUUGGAUCCAUCCGCUUUUGUUGUUUAUCAGGGACAUCACGGAGAUGCAGGAGCAGAAAUGGCUGAUGUGAUUUUACCAGGAGCUGCUUACACCGAAAAAGAGGGAACGUUUGUGAAUACCGAAGGACGAGUGCAGAGAACGCUGCCGGCCGUUCCACCGCCAGGUGAUGCUCGUGUUGAUUGGAAGAUCAUCAGAGCGAUUUCAGAAGUUGCUGGAAAACCUUUGCCAUAUGAUGAUUUAAAGCAACUGCGACGUAGGAUGGCAGAAGUUCGUCUUUUUUUU